GGGUGACGAAGACGGGAUCCACAAGAAAAGAGACGGAGGUGAAGGAACAAAAUGGUGACAUAUCGGGAGAAACAAGUGGGGAAAUUACAACCGGACAACACGAACCGUAUUACAUAUCUCUGCCAAUAAGGAGAUCACUGGACCGGAACCUGGAAAAAGGAUUAGCAUAUAUGAAGAUACCGUGA